GUCAAUGAAAAAACUGUGGGAGAGCCUGGUUGGCUUUAUGGGAGUUUUCAAGGACAAUUUGGUUGGUUUCCAUGUAAUUAUGUAGAAAAAAUAUCAGAAGGAGAAAAAUGUUUAUCUCCGAAGAAGGCCUUACUUCCUCCUACCGUAUCUUUAUCUACUACCUCAGCUGCUUCGGAACCACUUUCACCAAGUAAAACUGCAGAAGAAGCUGAUUACCAAAACAUACCUUUUUCUAGCCUGAAUGUCACUACGACGUGGCAACAGAAAUCGGCUUUUACUCGCACUGUGUCCCCUGGAUCUGUUUCACCCAUUCAUGGACAGGGGCAGCCUGUCGAGAACUUAAAAGCACAAGCACUUUGCUCUUGGACUGCAAAAAAAGAUAACCACUUGAACUUUUCAAAAAAUGAUAUCAUUACCGUCCUGGAGCAGCAGGAAAACUGGUGGUUUGGAGAGGUACAUGGAGGAAGGGGUUGGUUUCCAAAGUCGUAUGUCAAGCUCUUACCUGGAAGCGAAAUCAAGAAAGAGGAACCAGAAGCUAUUUAUGCAGCUGUAAACAAAAAGCCUAACACACAACCUCAUGCAGCAGGAGAGGAGUACGUUGCGCUCUACUCGUAUUCGAGCUCUGAGCCUGGUGACUUGACUUUCACGGAAGGCGAGGAAAUCCUCGUGACCCAGAAGGAAGGGGAAUGGUGGACGGGAAGCAUCGAUGGCAGAACCGGAAUCUUCCCCUCCAAUUACGUUAGACCAAAAGAUCAAGAAGCGUCUAGUAAUGCUGGCAAAACUGGAACAAUAAAUAAGAAACCCGAAAUUGCUCAGGUUACUACUGCCUAUGCUGCAUCAGGAACUGAACAGCUUAGUCUUGCCCCAGGACAGCUGAUACUGAUUCUGAAGAAAAAUGCGAGUGGAUGGUGGCAAGGAGAGUUGCAGGCAAGAGGGAAAAAGAGACAAAAAGGAUGGUUCCCUGCCAGCCAUGUGAAAUUACUGGGUCCGAGCAGUGAAAGAACCACAUCUGCCGCUCCCUCAGUGUGUCAAGUGAUAGCGAUGUACGAUUAUAUGGCAAACAAUGAAGAUGAGCUCAGUUUCUCCAAAGGGCAGCUCAUUAAUGUUCUGAGCAAGGAUGAUGCUGACUGGUGGCAAGGAGAAAUUGGUGGUGUGACAGGUCUCUUCCCCUCAAACUACGUGAAGAUGACCACAGAUUCUGAUCCAAGUCAACAGUGGUGUGCUGAUCUCCAGAGCCUUGACACUAUGCAGCCCAUGGAAAGGAAAAGGCAGGGCUACAUCCACGAGCUCAUUCAGACGGAAGAAAGGUAUAUGGACGAUCUCCAGCUCGUCUUAGAGGUUUUCCAAAAACCGAUGGCUGAUUCAGGCUGUCUCACAGAAGGAGAAAUGGGGCUGAUUUUUGUUAACUGGAAGGAUCUCAUCAUGUCAAAUACAAAGUUACUAAAAGCCUUGCGAGUGCGUAAGAAAACAGGAGGAGAAAAGAUGCCGGUGCAGAUGAUCGGGGACAUCUUAGCGGCGGAGCUCUCUCACAUGCAGGCCUACAUUCGGUUCUGCAGCUGCCAGCUGAACGGAGCUUCCUUGCUGCAGCAGAAAACCGAUGAAGAUGCUGAUUUCAAAGACUACUUAAAGAAACUUGCCUUGGACCCUCGCUGCAAAGGAAUGCCUCUCUCCAGUUUCCUCCUGAAACCUAUGCAAAGAAUAACCCGCUACCCUCUGCUCAUAAAGAGUAUUCUAGAGAACACUCCAGAAAAUCACCCCGAUCACAGUAACCUCAGGCUUGCCUUGGAGCGUGCGGAGGAGCUGUGCUCUCAGGUUAACGAAGGGGUGCGUGAGAAAGAGAAUUCGGACAGACUGGAGUGGAUACAGUCCCACGUCCAGUGCGAAGGCCUCGCAGAGCAACCUGUGUUCAACUCCCUCACAAACUGUUUGGGACCGCGGAAGCUCCUGCACAGCGGCAAGUUGUACAAGGCCAAGAGCAGCAAGGAGCUGUACGGCUUCCUUUUCAACGACUUCCUCCUGCUCACCUACAUGGUUAAACAGUUCGUGUCUUCCGGCUCCGACAAACUGUUCAGCCCCAAAUCCAACUCCCAGUUCAAAAUGUAUAAAAUGCCCGUUUUCCUUAAUGAAGUCCUAGUGAAACUGCCCACAGACCCCUCAAGUGACGAGCCAGUUUUCCACAUAUCACACAUUGACAGAGUUUACACACUUAAAACUGACAACAUUAAUGAGCGGACUGCCUGGGUCCAGAAAAUCAAAGCGGCGUCAGAGCAGUACAUCGAAACUGAGAAGAAGAAACGUGAAAAGGCUUAUCAAGCUCGCUUACAAAAAACCUCAGGAAUAGGACGCUUGAUGGUGCAUGUGAUUGAAGCAACAGAACUGAAGGCCUGUAAGCCCAAUGGGAAGAGCAACCCGUACUGUGAGAUCAGCAUGGGCUCCCAGAGCUACACUACGAGGACCCUGCAGGACACCUUGAACCCCAAGUGGAACUUCAACUGCCAGUUCUUCAUUAAGGAUCUGUAUCAGGAUGUCCUGUGCAUCACCAUGUUCGACAGGGAUCAGUUCUCUCCUGAUGAUUUUUUGGGUCGCACUGAAGUUCCAGUAGCAAAAAUUAGAAUGGAACAAGAAAGCAAAGGCCCCACGACUAAACACUUACUGCUGCAUGAAGUUCCAACAGGAGAAGUCUGGGUCCGUUUUGACCUGCAGCUCUUCGAUCAGAAAACACUCCUCUAAGAACAUUUUUUUUUUUUCUAAUUUAUGAAGGAAAAAUGAAGCUGACAGCCUCAACAUUUUUUUUUAAAAAAGAUUCCUUCCCCCAUGCUGGUUAUUAAGCAGGAGUUCCUGCUGCUUCCAUAUUUCCUCUCGGUUAGUGGUUGCAUUUAGUUCUUUGCAGCAUUCAAAGUUCUUGUUGAUCUAUGCAAACACAAAUGUUACUGUAUAUAUAGUACUUAUAGCUCAGUGCCUUUUUAUUAUGUUGACAUAUCUCACAUUUGGAUGCCAAUAUUUCCAUGUUCAGGGCCA